CACCUCUCUCCAUGGUUCAGGCUAUGAAGGCUUUCCUGAGCUCCUAUUGACGCUCUUCACUUCACUCGGACGAUGGACUUUGUCCAGUUCUGGUUGACCUUGUGCUUGUUUUCUGUGGAAAUCUUGCACAUGUGUGUGGGUCUAAUUAUAACGUUCCCUGAUAAAGAGCCUUUAUAUGUAGCAGUGGGCCGAACUCUGGUAUUGGAAGCUCAGUUUCAACUAAAUCAAAAUGAAAGGAUAUUACUACGUACGUGGGAGCAUAAGAACAGUGAGGGGGAAGUCAGAGUCGCAGAUGGAGAUAAAACGUUCAACAACAGAACAUCAGUGGAGAAAAAUGGAGCACUGUUGAGGAUUAAAGGAGUUGUAAAAAACGAUUAUGGACUCUACAAGGUUACAGUCACAAUAUCAAACGGAGACCAUGUGUCUGCUUCUCGUCAAGUGCUGGAAAUAAAAAAUCCUCCUAAAGCUUCUCUUUCCAUGCAAUGUAGCGUCUCGACUGAGGGAGCACAAUGGGACAGUCCUAGCUUUUUAUGGAUAGUGGAUGGGGUUGGGGUCACCAAUAAGAAUGAGACAUCUGAAGAUGGCAGCAUGCUACGCUCGGAAACACUAGGCCAAAACUAUACAUGCAUCACUGACAGCAGUCAUGGGACAAGCCGAGUGGAAUUGCACUCCCUUUAUUCAGAACUCAAUGUAGAAACAAAACCAGACCCAUGCCAGAGAUGUUCCUGUACUGGACUGAUUGUCUUUCUCGUCAUAGAAUCCAUUAUUUUGGUCAUUAUGAUCGGGUGCUGUAUAUAUAUGUGGAAGAAGAUCACUAACAAUGAAAGUACAAGGAGAAAUCAGACACUGUGACCUCAUCUGAAAGAACCUCACAAAUACUGUACAAGUCAAACAAUACAUAAGAUCACUGAGUUUUUUCAUGUCAAUGUAGUUAUUUAUUGAGAAAUAGAUAUAUAGGUUAUAUUUAUUUAUAUAGAAAUGUAAUAUAGAUUGUUAUAAAUGUGUGUGUGUUUAAUAUGUGUGUUUUAAUGGAACACCUUUCAGUAGAACUCAAAUGAAACAGUCUACUAAACAGAAAGUGUUUUUAGUGUGUAAGCAAAUUAUGUAGCUUGUCUACAGGACAAAAUCAGAUAGCAAGCUUGUGCUGGUGCAGGAAAAGGAAAAGUUAUAUAACUUUAACUUGCUACAGUAUAAUGCAAGAUAUAUAACUUUUCCUUUUCCUGCACCAGCAUAUUUUGUACAAUACACUUGUUUUGAGCACUAAAAUAUUUUUUAGCACUCUUUAAAAUUCUGAGAUAGAAUUAAUUUUUUAAAUAAAUGAAGAAAUCUUCAUUGAGCACUUUGAACUUAUAUUUGUCCCACAGUUUCUAUUCCUCCAUCUUUCCUAAGUGCCUUUUGUCCAGUAAUCACUAAUUAUGUCGCUUUGUAGAAGCCAACAUUCUGUUUUCCGAUUUAAGCUUAGACAAAAAUAUAUCAAGAGUAACUCCUCCUAGGACUUUAGCCACAUGAACCAAAUACGGAUAUGUUGUAGACCCUGAAGGUCUGAAGUUUGUUGCUAUUACUUUUCUAAGCGAUCCGAGUACCGUUACUUCCGGUACCGGGUCUCAAAAUGGCCUUUUUUCCUAUAGACUCCCAUUAUAAACUUUGGAGGUUUAUAACUCGGCAAGCUUUCGAACUGUCUACACCAAAGCUGUUUCUUACCUCAAAGUUGUGUCCUAUUUAACUAAAUCCUUCUUUUUCAAUUAAAAGUUCAAAGAAACAUAAAAUGUCACAAUAAAUUCUAAAUGUUUUUA